AUGUUUCAUUUUCAACAAUCAACAAUAACUUCUCCAAAUGUUACCUCUACAUUGCAAAAAAUACAUCCAGCACCAAUGCGUCUUUGGAUUUCAAAUAUUCCAUAUUAUUGGUCAACUAUUGAACUUGAAAAGAUAUUUUCGACAUUUGGUCAAGUCUAUGAUGUUGAAAUACCAUUACGAAAUGGUCUAUCACGAGGUUAUGGAUUUGUAACUUUUGAAAAACAAGCUGAUGCAAUCCGAGCUAUUCAAUCAAUGGAUGGACAAAUAGUCAAUGGUCGUAGUAUGCAAGUAUAUCAAGCACAUGUAAAACAAAAAUCAUUACUAAAAUCAUAUUUUCUUAUUCAAUCAGUUGAUCGAACAUUAUUUGGUGGAUACUGUUAUUGUCAAUCAUGUUCAAUAAAUCGAAUUAAUUAUGGUGAAACACAUUAA